CGCAGCUAAGAUGAGCGUCCAAACCUUCAAACCAUCUGUCCGAGUGGGGAACUGGAAUGAGGAUAUCUCCCUGGACGAGGAUCUCUUGAAAGAUUUUUUAGAAAAAAGAGAAAAAGGGGAACUCCUUUUACAAAAGUCAGGUCGGUUGAAGAAAUGUAUCCUGCAAAAGGUAGAGCUUUCCUUCUCCAAGGACGGGUUCCUCCACUUUGGUGAUGUCAUCAUGCUGCUGAAUCCAGAGAACAGUGAGGAGUCGUUAAGUAAUCCAUCCCCAAUAUACGGCAACUACACGGUCUCAGUGAACCCAGAUGAAAGUGCUUUAUCUUCCAAGACCCAACUCACAGCACCGUGUGGAAUCAGUGGCAUCAGCAAUGUCAAGCCAUGUGCCAGAAAUGUGUUCAUUAUAACAAGUGUGGAUGGCAGUGAUUAUGGGGAACCUCUUCAUUAUGGACAGAACUUUGCCUUAAGGACAAGAGAUGGUUUCAUGGGACAUUUAUAUCUGACAAGUGACCAAAAAACAUUUCUAAAAUGCUGUAAGAAAUCUCAUUUGCAAGAAGUUAGUUUAACAGAUCAACCAUCAUAUGAAACCUGCUGGCAGUUUGUCUAUUUGGAUCCACAACUGAGAAUGGAGAAUGAAGGAGUCCCUGUUCCAGCAAACACAAAACUCCUCAUCGUUCACAGCAAAACCAACAGAUGUCUAGCUGUUCUCAGGAAAUAUAUCUUAUGGACUUUUUUUGGCAAGGAAUGUGAAGUCACCGCUCACACGUAUUUAAAUGGUCACAAGGCUGAAGAAAAUGAAAAUCACUGGAUCAUAGUUACAGGAAACCCAAGCGAUGACAUAAAUACUAUGUUUGACAGACCUAAGCCACCCAGUGAAGAAAUGAAUGAAAACAAAUGUAUCGUUAAACCCCUGCAGAAAUAA